AUGGACCAGAACGAAGAAGUGCGAUCGUUGGUGAAAGGUGAAGACGAACGGAGUGAAAAGAUUUCCCUAUGGUGGUUCCCCGGGCUGACGGGCGUGAUCGUCGGGAUCUACUUUCUCGUGCACUGGAAUUGGGUGUCGAUGCCGAUGGCGCUACGACGGGCCGAUGAAUCCCUGUACCCGGACCGUUUCAUCGCGGAGAUCGCGAAGCAGCAUCUGUUCGAAAUGGCCAACGUUGGGCCGCGGGUGGCCGGUAGUUACGUGAACGAUGUCGUGACGGUGGGCUUCCUGAGGCGCGUGAUCGAGGACAUCGCCGACUCGGCCAAUCCGGUGCACCGGGUUGAGGUGGAAGUACAGAGCGCCUACGGGGACAUGUUUCUCGACUUCGAAAAGUACCCGCAGACGAGCGUGUACCGUGGCAUUCUGAACGUGGUGGUUCGCCUGGUGCCGAGUGUAGGGCCCGAGCCGGACCACUAUCUGAUGCUCGGGUCACACUUUGAUAGCGUUCCGCAGAGUCCGGGAGCCGGUGACGACGGUGCGAUGAGCGUCGUUAUGCUCGAGGUGCUGCGGAAACUUUCGCAGACCACGGCACCGUUCGCGCACGGCAUCGUGUUCGUGUUCAAUGGAUGCGAGGAGAACACGCUGCAAGGAUCGCAUGCGUUCGUUAAGCACCACCGGUACUUCGAGAAGGUGCGCACGUUCAUCAACAUGGACGUGGCGGCGAACGGGGGGCGUGACAUCAUGUUCCAGGCUGGGCCCAAGUAUUCCUUCCUGAUGACGUACUACCGGGACCACGUGCCACACCCGUACUGCACUGCCGUGGCCGAGGAGCUGUUCCAGGCCGAUCUGGUACCGUCGGAGACGGACUUUUACGUUUACUCCAAGUUCGGCCAGGUGCCCGGAAUGGACUUUGCCCACAGCACCUGGGGCUACCUCUACCACACGGCGUACGAUGCGUACGAGACGAUCCCCAACGAAACGCUGCAGCACACCGGCGACAACGUGCUAGCGCUGGCCACGGCAUUGGCUAACGCCGGCGAGCUGUACGAGAUGGCCGAGCACGAAGGAAGCAAAGCGGUGUUUUUCGACUUUCUCAACUGGUUCCUGGUCUACUACCCGCUGUGGGCUUCCAUCCUGCUCAACGUUGGCCUGUCGCUAAUCGCCGUGGCCACCAUCGGCGUUUCGUUGUGGCUCACGAUGCGUCGAAAGGUGGUGCCGUUCCGAUCGCUGGCGCUGCAAUGUCUAGCUAGCGCGGGUGUCAUUCUUCUAUCGAUCAUCGUCGGUGCCGGGCUUUCCCUCGCGCUGGCCGCCAUUCUUAACGCGGUGGGCUCAUCGAUGAGCUGGUUCACGCAAUCGUGGCUCAUUGUGGGCCUGUACGGAUGCCCCUACCUGUUGGCCACCAUCGUGGGGCCACUGCUUUUCGUUCGACUAACGCGACACGACCAACUAUCGCUGCAGGAUCGCGUGCAAAUUCUGCUUCACAUGACGUGCCUUCUGUACGCGAUUCUGCUGAUUGUCCUGACGGCCGUAAGCAUCCGGUCGGCGUACCUCUUCACGAUCGCCAUCCUGUUCUACACCGUGACGGCGCUGGUGAACGUGCUCACGCGAUACAAGCCCUUCCACUGGAUCUACGUCCAUUUGAUCGGGCAAAUCAUUCCCAUCGCGUACUACAGCUCCAUAUCGAUGACCAGCUUCGCCACGUUCAUCCCGAUGCAGGGCCGCGGUAACGCCGGGUCCAAUCCGGAACUGCUGAUUGCCCUGUUCGCGAUCCUGCUCGGGCUGCUGGGGACCGGUUUCAUCGCACCGCUCCUUACUCUCGCCCGCAGACCGUACUGGUACGUGGGUCUUGUUGGCCUGUUCUUCGUGAUCUCGAUCAUUGUGAUGGUGACGGAGGCAGGGUUUCCCUUCCGGGCUCACACGUCCCCGCAGCGGUACUACGUUUACCACAUCGAUCGCAACUUUUACCACCUCAACGGCACGGUGCGCCGCUCGGAGACGAAGUACUACAUUCACCCGCAGGAUCGCCACACGCCCGAUCUGAUCCAGGAUCUGAUCCCGGAGAUGGCGUACGCCACGCAACCCGGAGACGAGUGUGACCGGGAGCUGUAUUGUGGCGUUCCGUUCUACCAGAACACGCACCACGGACAGCGUGAAAAUGCCUGGUGGCUACCGGCCGAUGUGCGGCCCGUGUUCCCGUUGCCGGUCGAGUUGCAGACGCUGGGCAAACAGGUGGAUCCGGUCGCCGGUACCACGACGUUCACGUUUGCCGUCACCGGACCGGAUCACAUGAGCUUCUACGUGUCGCCGGUGGCGGGCGUUCGGUUGAUCGCCUGGAGCUUCAGCGACGCCGUCCCCCGUAGCGGCCUCCCGUGGAACGGGCAGGAUGUGCAUUUUAUCAACUACGUGCACGGGCUGCAGGAUCCGACGUACGAGUUCACGAUCACGGUGCGGGGUGAGGCCAGCAAGGCGUCGGAAGCCGGCUGGAGCUUCUACCUGAACGUGGUCGCCCAGUACAUGCACCACGAGGAGUAUCGCACGGCCGGGUUCCAGCGGUUCGUCGAUCAGUUCCCGCACUAUGCGCAUGUGGUGGCCUAUCCGGCGUAUCUGGAAAGUCGGAUAUUUUAA